UGUGAUCGAUUGGACUGACUUGGCAGAGAUGUGGAACUCCCAUUGAUUGAUCUCCACAACACUCCCCGCUGAACAGAGAAAACACUCGAUAGCGAAUGCAAGAGGGGAUUUAAAUCGGACAAAUAUUUGUCCUCGUUACUUGACGGAUAAGGUAGCUAUCUGUUUUCUCAUGCGGUCUGAAGUAAUCCGCUAUUAGCAUUGUUUAACGACUAGCCUAACAUAAAUACAGUGCGACGUUAGCUAGCUUGUAAUGUCGGCACUGUUGGACUUGUUUUCCCCUCUAGACCCCGCUUCCUGUUAGCCUUGGGCUAGCUGGAAAAUCGAAAAUAUGCUAAUGAACGAGCAGGUAUAGUUAGCCAACGCAAAGGGGUGUAACUUUACUACUUACAGUAGGCUACCGGUUGCAAUUUAGCUGGAAUUGAUUCACGAAUCUAUGCUGAUAACUUUUUUUUUCCCAGCCAGCUAUUAGAGCAGCUGGUUUCCUUUAGUUCGCUAACGCUCGACAGCUAGCUAGCCAUCUUGCUUGUGUUGAGGGAUUUAAGUAUUUAACUUGACAAGCUAAGCUUUUGGUGGCAGAGAGCGAGCGAUAUAACUUCAGUUGCAUGUUAAUAUAUGCCUCGGCAAUGGGCUCACUCGUAUAGGACCCAAUUUCUUGCGACUAACGUCAAUGCCUUACAAUACUUGGUUUUACUGUGGAAAGCCUGACAGUGUUUCACUGUGAACAGACAAUAGAGAACCGGAGACUUGCUGAGCUGUUGUUCUGGUAACGACGAAAACCACAGAUAAAUAACGUAGAGAAAAUUGUAUUUUGAUUACUGUUUUCUUACACCGCAAGUACAAUACUUUUAAAAUAACGUUACAUUUGUACAUUUAUAAGCGGUAAAAUAAAUAAGCAGUUGACCCGCACAGAUAGCUCGGGGGACAGUGGAUGCUUGUGCGACUGUUUCCCUGAACCCGCUGCUUUCAGGUAUCUCAUCUCAUUAUAUUAGCUAACACAACAGCUUUAUUAAAUGCCUCAGAAAACACUCGCAGUAGCCGGUAGUCAUCAGAGGUAACUAGGUGGAUAGAGAGACGCGUAGAAGCGGUCUGAAGAGGGAGGCUCCUGCCCGUUUCUGGACGUCCAUCUCUCCAGCCUACCUUCAUCACGUCCAUCCACCACAGCCCUCCCCAGCCAUGGACCCCCCGAGGACUCGGUCACGGUCUCGGUCUGGUUUCUAUCAUUUCGGCAACGUUGGGAGUAAUGGCAGUGGUAACGCGGUUGGUAACGGGAGCAUGAUGAACGCCAGCGGAGGUGGUGUGAGCUACCCGCAGCAGAGCAACCCUGGCUGGGCGCCGCACCACGGUGGUCGUAGCUACCCGGAGAGCCAGCAGCAGCACACCCAGGGGAGCUACCUGUCCGCAGGGGCGCAGCGCCACUCCUCACACGGAGCCCAUAGACACCCCGGGGCCGGAGGAGUGCUACAUUUUCAUCCAGAUAAUGUGUGCAACGACGAUCGAGACAAAAUGGAAGACAGCCCAAGCCCGAAAAGGCAGCGUCUUUCCCAGCAGACCAUGUUGGAUCUAAACUCCGCCCCUCCCUCUACUCCUUCCUCUCCCAUUCGUCCCUGGGAGUUGCCUCCCAGUCGCAGACCACACCCCCACUACAUGCCAGAGAGAUGCCACACGCCUGUUCGCAACAGACGCAGCCCUCCAAUGAGACGCCAGCGUGGCCGGAGAGACCGUCUGACCCGCCACCACAACCACCACACCCACAACAACCACCACCACCACUACAACAACAACAGCAACAACAACAACAACCACCAUCACCACCAUCACCACCCCAAUGCCCACCAUCAUCAUCACCACCACCACCUGCACUCUCACCACGGCCUGUCGCCAGGCCACCAGGAUGAGAACUACCGUCACCCGGCUCCCCCUCAGGGCUACCCACCCUAUAACCAGCAACCGUCCCGAGGGCUGGGGCCCGGGCUUGAAGAGCGCCCAGGUCACCAUCCCCAAAAUCCCUCCCCCAGGCCCCUCCACCAGUCACCGAACCUGUCUCCCAGGCUGCUGCACCCUGCGGCCCAUCCACAGCACCAACACCCCCACCCCCACCCCCACCCCCACCCAUCCCAGCAGAGCAGUGUGGUGCUGGACUUCCAUGAGCAGGGUUCAGCUUCAGUAUCGUAUGCUGUGUCUCCUCCGGGAGUGCCACCAGGCCUGCCGCCGCGCUCCGCCCCUCAGCAGAUCCCGGCAUGCUCAGUAGUCUUUAGUGGACAGCACUAUCCUGUCUGCAGUGUCCCUCCUCCUGUCCUUCAGACUUGUUCUGUGCAACACUUACCCAUGCCCUACCCGUUCCCAUCGCUGCUGUCCAGUGACCAGGCCUUCCUGCUUCCCCCUCCUCACCUCCCCCAUCCCCCAGCACACCUUUCCCACCACCCACCUCACCUGCCCCAGCCUGGACAGUUUGGACCCUAUCCGACGCAGCAGGCCCGAUCACCGUUACAGAGGAUAGAGAAUGACGUGGAGUUGCUUGGAGAACACCUGUCUUUGGGUGCUGGGCUUCACUAUCCCCCCGCCACCCACCCUGCCCUCACGCCACACUCCACACAGCUUCACUUCCUGUCCCAUGACCCCCUGCCACAGGAGUUCUUCGGAGUGUCCUAUCCAAACUUUAUUCCGCGGCGUCUCCCGGGGCGACGGUACCGCUCGCAACAGCCACUGCCACCUUCGCCUUACCACCCCAGCCUCCUGCCUUACUUCCUUUCAAUGCUGCCAGUCCAGCCCACAGGUCCUGCGAUCAGUCUAGAGCUGGAUGUAGACGAUGGAGAAGUGGAAAAUUAUGAGGCCCUCCUGAACCUCGCUGAGCGUCUGGGGGAGGCCAAACUCCGUGGACUGACGAAGGGAGACAUCGAACAGCUUCCUUCCUAUCGGUUCAAUCCAAAUAACCACCAGUCUGAACAAACACUGUGUGUGGUGUGUAUGAGUGAUUUUGAGUCCCGCCAACUGCUGCGAGUCCUGCCCUGCAGCCAUGAGUUCCACGGGAAGUGUGUCGACAAGUGGCUGAGGGCCAACAGGACAUGUCCUAUUUGUCGGGCCGACGCCUCAGAGGUCCAGAGAGACUCAGAGUGACCACAUGGGGGAGCCAAAUGCUCCUAAUUGUAUUUCAAACACGUUCAGCAUUACCUGCUCCUGAUAUAUUGAUACACAUGUAUGUGCUUACACUCACACACACACACACACACACACACACACACACACACACACACACACACACACACACACACACACACACAUACCACUUCCUAGGGUUUUUGUGCAGCACUUUCUGCUAGUUUAUUAUCCUUUAAAUCUUUGAUCUGAUUUUCAUCACAGUUAUUUUACUGUCUGUUCACAUGAAUGCAGGCCCUCACAUCUUUUAGUGAAUUACACCCUGCCUGACCACUAUUCUGCUGUGGUGUGGUGUGCGUGCGUGUACACGUGCAUGCACCACAUCUGUGCAAGCGGUGUUUGGUCAGCCCUACAGUGCCGAGCUGUGGUACAUGACUGUGUGUGUUUUCAGUGUAUGUGGGUGUGUAAGAGAUUUUAGAGGUCCUGGAGCAUGCCUGAGUUUCUGUUGUGUAGCAGACAAGAGUAACGACAUGGGAGAAUUUUUGCUCUCAUGAGUGACUGACUUUACUUCCUGUUUGUACGUUUAUGCACUGUCUGUCUGUAUGCAUACUCCGUGUGUGUGUAUGUAUGUUAUAGACUUAAAUCCUUUUCUCUAGUUUGACACUAAGGGUCCAUGCUGCCACUAUAUUUCUUGGUUGCCUAUUUGAUCCAUUUGUUUCUGUAGAUUAUUAUUAUUAUUAUUAUUAUUAUUAUUAUUAUUGUUACUCAACCAUUAUAAGUGAUUGUUUUCCUGCUUGGCAGUUACCUCAUCAUUCCGGUUUUGAUCAUCUUUCAUUACAAGCGCUUCACAGCACUACUUUGAAAUUAAGCACAUUUAUAUAUUUUUCUUUUCCUUUCUUUUCUUAGUAAAUAUAAGUUUGUCUGUGACUUUGCAGUGGCACAUGUGUUACAUAUAUACAUAUAUCUAUAUAUACUGUAUAAAUCUAUGAAUAUCUGUAUACCAAAUAAAAGGCUUGAUAUGAACUUUUUACAAUCA